UUCGUGCGCAGUGUAACCAGAAUCUGCCCGGAAGAAAAAAAUACUUUUUGUAAUUCAGAUAGUCGAGAUAUCUCCACCAUAUGGAUAUUUGGGAACAUUCUCGUGAUACUAGACUUACGUUCUAAAAUUUCGUUUUGCCGCAACUAAUGUCCACGGAGUGUAUGUAGAAUACAUUUGCUAAAAUUUCCCGAAUUUGGUUGUAGUUUUGUGGGGGUGUGUAGAACACCUGUAUUCGUCAAAAAACAGCGGAAGCUACCUGCAGGUUUCCAUUUGAGCGAAGUCUGAGACGUUUUCGGACACCGAGGUGUCGCGUGCCUGUUGGAGCCAGAAGCGGUUAAAACAAUACCUGUAACCUCGGGUAGUUUCACACUAUUGGGGUUCGCGGCCACCAUGGACUAUAUGGACUCUGGAAUGAGAUACACCCCCAACAAGGACCCGGGCAGAGACUGGGACCAGGCAGUGACGUUCCUCCCAGCAUCUGACAGUAAGAAGCUGGAGAAGAAGAAAGGGCCUGGGAGGAUCGGGGCUGUGAUCGGAGUCGUUGUCUUAGCCGCUCUUCUCGCCCUCAUGAUCGGUCUACUGGUCUGGCACUUCCACUUUCGUGAAAAUAAAAAGACCAAAGCGAUGUACUCCGGUUCCAUGAAGAUCACCAACCAGGCGUUUCAGGAUGCCUAUGAAAACCCCAACUCCACUGAGUUCAAAUCACUGGCCGAACAGGUCAUAAAGCAGCUAUCAAACCUUUACAAGAAGACGCCCCAGCUGUCUAAGUAUUAUGUGGGUUCCAGUGUACAAGCCUUCAGUGAAGGCAGUGUGAUAGCCUACUACCUGUCAGAGUUUGAUGUGCCAAAGGGUCAGGAGGAGGCAGUUGACCAGGCUAUGAACUCCAUGGACAAGGUGGUGGAGAAGGUCCGGAGGACCAUGUCAUUGAGCAAUGAUUUGGUCUUUGAGGAGGUCCAGAACUCUGCUCUGGACUCCAGAAUGUUCUCAAAAUCAUUUAGUGAAUACUACAAGUAUGCGGAACACGCCAAAGCCAAUAAGAUUGGAACAAUCAAGUCACCUGGUUUCCCCAACUCUCCGUACCCUCCCAACACCUUCACCCAAUGGGAGCUGAGAGCCGACCCUGGUCAUGUGAUAAAACUGGACUUUGACACCUUCAACUUGGAGGCAGACUGUAGCAAAGACUAUGUGAAGGUCUACGACACCCUGGUGGCCAAUGAGGGCCGUGUCAUGUCAGAAAUUUGUGGGUAUCACCAUCCCAACAUCCCCAUGGUCUUCCAGUCCUCCCGGAACGUCAUGUCGCUAACAAUGGUUACUAACGAGAAAAGAAACUUCCCAGGACUCCGAGCCAGAGUCUCUCAGAUCCCCAUAAACAGCAAAGACCUGGUGUGUGGUGGCACGCUGACCGAUGAGUUGGGGACCUUUAUGUCCCCUAACUUUCCCAACUUCUACGCACCCAACACAAACUGUGUAUGGACCAUACAGGUUCCUGUUGGGAAGUUAGUGAAGAUUCAGUUCACUACCUUCCUGUUAAAAGAGAGAGGUCAAUUAAACACAAAGGAAUGUAACAAAGACUAUAUAGAGAUCAACAAGAAGAGGUACUGCGGAGAGUCUGCCCCCCCUAUCGUGACCAGUGACACCAACACCAUGGUAGUGGUCUUCAACUCUGAUUUGUCUUACGUAGACCGAGGAUUCAAAGCCAAGUAUGAGUCCUUCGUCUCCACCGACCCCUGUCCCAGUAGGUUCCAGUGCAAAAACCAGCGCUGUGUGAACUCCACUCUGAUGUGUGACGGCUGGAACGACUGUGGGGAUAUGAGUGACGAGAUGAACUGCAAGUGUCUGUCCAGUCAGAUCCAGUGUAAGAACACCCUAUGUAAGCCCCAGUUCUGGGAGUGUGACGGAGUGAAUGACUGUGGAGACAACACGGAUGAGGAGAACUGUGGUGGCUGUAAGUCAGGCAUGAUGACAUGCCGCAACGCCAAGUGUGUUUCAGAGAAGAAACGCUGUGAUGGCACUGAUGACUGCGGAGAUGGGACAGAUGAGAGCGACUGCGGGCGAAAGGCAGAAAGUGUUCCGUGUUCUGACAUCACCUACAAGUGUGCCGACAACAAGUGCAUCAUCAAGGAGAACCCCGAGUGUGACGGAACCCCUGACUGCGAGGAUAAAUCAGAUGAGGCCAACUGUGACUGUGGGCGGAGUCUGUUUAAGACCAGCCGUAUCGUGGGGGGUCAGAACGCAGAUGAGGGGGAGUUCCCGUGGCAAGUUAGUCUCCACAUCAAAAACUUUGGCCACGUGUGUGGUGCCUCCAUCAUCAGCCAGAGCUGGUUGGUUACGGCUGCUCACUGUGUGCAAGACGACGCCAAGACCAAGUAUUCUCAGCCUGGUGUCUGGGAGGUAUACCUGGGCCUCCACAUUCAAAAACAGAUUGGUAAGAACGUUCAGAAGAGGAACCUCGUCCAGGUGAUUCCCCACCCAUACUACAACGCCUACACCUUCGACAAUGACAUUGCCCUGAUGCAGCUGGACAGCCCUGUGGCGUACACCGACUACAUCAGGCCCAUCUGCCUCCCCUCUGUCACACACACCUUCCCCCCGGGACACUCUGUCUGGAUCACAGGCUGGGGCGCCACCAGGGAGGGGGGCUCUGGUGCCUCCAUCCUGCAGAAGGCCCAGGUCCGCAUCAUUAACAGCACAGUGUGUAAUCAGCUGAUGAGCGGACAGCUCACCACCAAGAUGAUGUGUGCUGGGGUGCUGACUGGAGGAGUGGACGCAUGCCAGGGGGAUUCUGGUGGUCCUUUGUCCAGCCCGGGCACUACUCGCAUGUUCCUGGCUGGCGUGGUGAGUUGGGGCGAUGGCUGUGCCCGCAGGAACAAACCGGGUAUUUACACCACAGUCACCAAGUUCAGGGGCUGGAUCACGGAGAAGACGGGCGUGUAACAGGCGUGUAACAGUUCCCGUAUCAUCUUCACCCUCCCCCAAAACUGCAGUUACAAGAUUGGUAUCUCCACACUCCUGCUGAACACUGGCGGUGCGUUAAACAGGAAAACUGUUGGAACUUUAGCUUUUUCAUUUGUUUCAGGUGAGCUGUGACCAUUUGCUAAUUUGUGUGGUGAAUAUGUAAGUGCCUUAUGAACUCUAUCACACGUAGUUGGAAUAGCAGAGGAAUCUGCUGUUUGAUUAUUGCCAAACAAAUGACGUGGUAAUAAUUUAUGCAGCUGUUUCUUGUUUUACUGUUAAAUGUUUUCAUUCUCAAUAUAAUCGUUAAAAGCAAAAUGGUUACUAAGUUACACGUUCACUGCGAAUGGACGCCUUGUUGAACGCACCUCAGUUAAUGCUGUACAGAUUACCGGUUCUCUGCGGUUCUCUAUGGUUCUCCACAUCCUGCCACCUUCCGCUCCCCUUUUUAGCCUGCAGGAGUGAUGAACUGUCCUAAACAUCAAGAUCUCAGGCCCCACAAUGCUUCAGUCCUUCGCACAUCUAUGGACUAUGAACUGCUGUUUGUUUAUCACUAUUUACGGAUAUUUUCGAUGUGUCUUAUGUUCUAAACUUGUGCUGACGUGAGGCAGAGGGGAAAAGGGUUUUAAGAAUUGUAAAAUAUGUGUAAUUGUGUGCCUUUUUAGAUAAAAUCGUUUUGCUUGUGAAUGGCUGUUUGGCUUGGCUGACCAUGUUUGUCUUGUGUGGCGAUAGUGUUCUGAUUUGGGCAUCUUGACAAAAUUUUAUGAAAAUAUCCUUUGUCUGCACGAGGUAUGGUGUGUCUUAUUGCUUGUUUUGUAUUUUGAUAAUAUCCCAGUGAUUUAUUCUCAGAAAUCAGAAUGUCUAUUACUUGUUGUCUUGUCUCACCGGCUGCCUCCCAAAUAGCCCCCUAUUCUACUUUUAUAUAGAGUCCUGUGCGUGAAAUAGGGUUUGUUUCACCCGAAAUCAGAACAGAAACCAGGGGUGUAUUGAUCCAAUCCAACAGAACCUUCUAGUUUCAGAACCAAACAAGGAAGCACCUUACUGAAUUUGGACAAUUAAAACCGUGCUAUUGGGUGUUCCCUGGACACCAAACUGCUUUUUGAAAUGGCAGACCGUCCUGAUUCACGGCACUACCGAAAGACCUGUCUUAAAUGUGAUGAUUUUUACAGUUGGGUUUUAUUUUUUUAUUUCUUAUUUCUCUUCAGGGAUUGUAUUAUUUUUUUAGAUAUGAUGUAAAUACUUUUGUAACGGAAUAAAACUCCAAUAGUGACUAUGAAAGUAA